AGUGAGUGUACAAAAAUCCCACUCCAAAUCACUGUUGCUCACAAAAUUCAGAUGCAAAAUUUCAAGAUGAAGUUGUUUCUCCUGCUGGUGACGCUGACAGCAUGUGCUGCUACUCCCCAAGACCUGACUGGGAAAAUGUUCACUUUCACACAAGAAACCAACACCGCUCAUGUGAAGCUGAAUGCGUCAAGACAGAGUUUCAGUGCUGUAACCGUCUGUCACAGAUCUUUUACAGACCUCAAAAGAGACCACACCCUUUUCUCCAUGGCCACACCCUCUUUUGCUAAUGAUUUCCUGAUUUACUGGGACAACACAAAUAAAGAGCUUAAGCCCCAUGUUAGGGACAAAAUGGUGGCAUACGGAGGGAUGGAUUACAAGCUGAACAUGUGGCACUCUAUUUGUUCCACGUGGGAUUCUGGGUCUGGACUGGUGCAGGUGUGGUUUGAUGGACAACCUUCAGUUAAGAAAUUUGGCAUAUCUGGAACAACCAUCACUGAAACUCCUAUAAUUAUUUUAGGACAGGAACAGGACUCCCAUGGUGGAGGGUUUAACGCCAAGCAGUCGUUUACUGGCAUGAUGUCUGAUGUCCACAUGUGGAACUACAUCCUUUCCCCCUGUGAGAUCCAGAAAUAUGUGGAUGAACAAAACUUCACCCCAGGAAAUGUGCUCAACUGGGGGGCACUGGAGUAUGACAUUGUAGGCAGAGAAAGAGUGCUGAUAGAAAACAAACAAAUGACCUGUCAGUAAACUUUAGAAACAACACUAUCAAGAUCUUGCAAAAUCUAAAUUCACAUUCUUGGUAUUGUUACUGUAUGUCCAAGACGAAGUGAAAGUUACCAUUGUCAACAUUUUUUUUUUUUGUGAAUAAUUGUUUUAUUGAGAUUUUAGUUUCACAAGACAAAGUCAGACAGCAAAAACAUUUGUAACA